AUUAAAUUGGUAAUAGAUUGCAAGUUUCUUUAUUCUAUUUCACAUCAUUAUUCGAGAACUCACACACUACACAGCUAUAAAAACCAAUGCUACAACAAGAAAUCGUUGAAGACCAAUUCAGAAAACGCAGAAGGUGGGAUUCGAACAUGGCUGAGUGUAAUUCAGAAACAGCCCAGAACCAACACUACACAUAGGGACCUUGUUAACCACGUGCCCUCCUGGCCCCUACAUGGAUCUGUGGCUGGUCUCCAUUACAAACUCCCAUUUCUCGAUCAAGUUACUGCUGAUUUCUACAAUCUCAUUUUGAGUCCUCGCCCGUUGGAAGUACAAUUUAUCAAACAGAAAAUGGAGAAUUCAUGUCAAAAUAUGCAAAUGUAUUUGAAGUUGACAGUUCUAGCUUGUUUUGUUGAGAGUCUACUUGAACUUCAUGAGAAUUUAUUUUCAAGUAAACUUUUAGAAAUGAGACGACUUAACAGAAAAUUCCAAAGGGUCAAUUUUGUGUUUGGAAAAUUGUUGGGCAAAAUCAAGAGCUCCAGCCAAUUACCCUGCUGUACCCCGGUCCCCAAUCCCUUUUUUUCCACAUAGCUCCUCAUCACUGUUUGUUCACAUCACUUCUCUCUCCGAGAAUGAAUUAUUUUAUAAAUUCAAGUUUUCUCCUUCUUACGUCUCUUCAUCCAUGUCUCACAUGGAGGUCUCAAUUCUCACCUCUCCAAGCUGUCUUCUACUCAUCUUAUGCUACUCUAACAUCUUUUGGAGUCUAACCAACCCAGGUUCAGUCUCAGCCAUCAUUUCUUAUGAGAACUUAACAUUCAACCUCACUGAUUUCGGCCCAAAUGACCACGACAUUCAUUAUGAAGGAGAUACAUACCCUUCCAACAAUGUCAUUCAGCUUACCAUGAACCAGAGAGACAUGCCUCUCAAUGGAAGUGUUGGUCGUGCAACCUACAGAGAUCCUUUCCAUCUUUGGGAGAGUGGCCACAGGAAUCUUGCAGAUUUCACCACCCAGUUCACCUUCACAAUUGACUCACAGCACAGUCGCACUUAUGGCGACGGCUUUGCCUUCUUCAUUGCCCCUGUGGAAUCAAGGCUUCCACCUCACUCAGGAGGUGGCAACUUUGGUCUCUUGAGUUCCAACAAGAGUGAUCCAGAUGUGGUUCCAACAGCCAACUUUGUUGCUGUCGAGUUUGAUACCUACACAAAUGCAUGGGAUCAAUCGGAGAAUCACGUCGGCGUUGAUGUUGACAAUGUUAAAUCUCUAAGCUCUACUUCAUGGUGGUGGAGUGACAUAGAAAAUGGUGGGAAAGUUAAAGCAGCAAUAAGUUACAACUCAAGCUACCAUAAUUUGACUGUUUUCUUGGUUGAUGAAAGAGAUUCUGAAGUUUCUCCAACAAACUCUUCUACCUUCACAUUCAAUAUUGAUUUGAGAGAGCAUUUACCAGAAUGGGUAACAAUUGGCUUUUCAGGAUCAACCGGAUCUUUCUUCGAGAUUCAUACAAUUAGCUCAUGGAGUUUCAGCUCUAUAUUACAAGUUGAAGUCAAUGUUACUACCACAACUGAACCAGCUAGCUCUCCUGUUAACUCCAAGAAAGGAAUCAACAUGAAAUGGUUCGGGAUAAUCUUCACCGUGGCACUUUCACUCUUUCUAAUUUUGGGGUUCGUUUGGUUUGGGGUAUGGAUGAAGAGAACUAGCAGAAGAAAAAGCAUGAGAAGGAACCAAGAGGAAGAUUUUGAAAACGAAACAGGGCCAAGGAAGAUUUCAUAUAAAGACCUAUUAGCAGCAACCAACAAGUUCAGUGAUGAAAAUGUGUUGGGACAAGGAGGCUUUGGUAAAGUAUACAGAGGGUUCCUAGACAACAAGGAACUUGAUGUGGCAGUGAAGAGAAUCACCCCAAACAACCUCCAUCAAGGGUCAAGAGAAUUCGCAUCAGAAGUGAAAACAAUUAGCAAAUUAAGACACAAGAACUUAGUAGAGCUAAUUGGGUGGUGCUGCUGCAGUAAAGACCAAGAAUAUCUCAUAGUCUACAAAUUCAUGCCUAACAAAAGCUUAGACUUCCACCUCUUUCAACAAAAUAACCUCCUAACAUGGGAUCACAGAUACAAAAUCGCAAUAGGUUUAGCCUUAGCACUACAUUACCUACAAGAAGAACAAGAUCCAUACAUUCUACACAGAGACAUAAAAUCAAGCAACAUCCUAUUAGACGCCGAAUUCAACGCGAAACUCGGCGACUUCGGACUCGCUAAGCUCGUUGAUCAUGGAAAACAAUCAAUAACCACCAUACUGCGAGGAACAGAAGGUUAUGUAGCACCAGAGUACCUGGAAAGCAGCGUGGCAAGUAAAGAAUCCGACAUCUACAGCUUCGGCAUAGUAUGCUUGGAAAUCGCCUGCGGAAAACAAGCCCUAGGUGAAGCGAGAGAAGACGGAAAGAGACGUUUGAUAAAACUGGUUGAAUGGGUUUGGGAUUACUACCGAAGGAGUGUGGAGGAGGCUGCGGACCCGAAAUUGCGGCAAAAUUUCAAGAGAGAAGAGAUGAAACAACUGUUGAUCGUGGGACUUGCUUGUGCUCAGCCGGAUUUCCGUGUGAGACCUUCCAUCAAACAGGUGAUCGACAUGCUGAACUUCAAAUCACCAUUGCCGAAUCUACCACUGGAAUAUCCAGGAUUGUCGAGAUCGGCAGUGUUUUUGAGUGCGGAAAUGGAAUCGUUACGAACAUCGUCGUGUUUACAAAGCGGAAAUCUUCAUGGAAAAAGUAUUUCUUCCAAGAAUUCCACUGCUUCUUCCACUUUUUCGAAUAUGGGCUAAAUUCGGUCUCGGUCUUGGUCUCAACAACAACUGGGAAAUCUUUUCUUCUUUUUGUUUUGGGGUUCAUCAUUUUGUUAGAACAAUUUUUUGGUUCUUCAAUUUUCUAAUUCAAUAACUUUUACUACAUCUUCAAAUGUAACCAUUUAAAUUUAAUUUGCAAAUUUGUAAUGACUUAAUUCUCCUAAUCAAUCAUCAAUUUUUUUUUAUUCUCUUA